AUGGCGUCCUCCAAGCAAGUGCUGCUCCUGGCCGCGGUCGUCGCCGUCGCGUGCCUCCUCCCGUCGCUGGCCUCUGCCAGGCAGUGGGUGGUCGGGGACGAAUGCGGCUGGAAGGCCAGGUUCAACCAUACCCACUGGGCCAACGGCAAGACGUUCGUCGUCGGGGACACCCUGCUGUUCAAGUACCGCAAGGGGAAACACAAUGUGGUCCAGGUCGGCGAGGAAGACUUCGCUACGUGCGGCCAUGACGAGAACCAUCGGACCAGGUGCUCCGGCCACGACGUCGUGCAGCUCGACAGGCCCGGGAGGAUGUUUUUCAUCUGCACCAAGCACAACCACUGCCGCAAGGGCAUGAAGCUCGCCAUCGACGUCGUCGUCGCCCCACCCCCACCACCGCUCUCGUACCCGUUCCCGACAACUUCCCCGCCGCCCCCACCUCCGUUCGGUUGGACGUUCCCGGGAACUCCCCCGCCGCCACCUCGGUACGGUUGGCCGUCGACCCCGGCCCCGCCCCCACCUCCGUUCCGUCGUUGGCCAUGGACCCCGGCGCCGCCGCCGCCGCCGCCGGCGCGGUCUGCGGCUGCGGCUGUGAGGAACCCGGUCAGCGGCGCAGUGGCCGCCGCGGCGGCCGUUGUGGUCGCGGCCGCGCUCGCGUUCUAG